AUGGGUGAUUUUAAUUGUGUGUUGCGUAAUGAUGAGAAAAAAGGAGGUCGUGAACCGCGGACUUCAGUCAUUAAUGAUUUUAGUGAUUGGAUGGAUGACAAUGAUCUCUUUGAAGCUGAUUUUUUGGGUUCUAAAUUUACUUGGGCUAAUGGGCAAUCUGGUGAUCCGGAAGACAUUUCUAAGCUCAAUACUGCCAAAGCAGCUUCAGUUACUCUUCAGGAAAUUCGUGCUCAACAAUCCAUUUUGUUGAAACAAAGGUCGAGAAACUUGUGGCUCACGGAUGGUGCUAAUGAGGAGUUAUUUCAUUAUGAUCAUAAUAUUAUCUCUUCCGAAUAUAGUCAGAGAAUGGAUGAAAUUCCUACUAUGGAGGAGAUAAAGACUGUUGUUUUUGAUCUUGGCGCUGAUAGUGCCCCUGGCCCUGACGGUUUCUCUGGUUGUUUCUAUAGGCAUUGUUGGGAUGUGAUUCAACAAGACCUUUACAAAGCUAUUACCUUUUGCUGGCAAGAGAAAUUGAUUCCUCAAGCUACAAGACUGGGUAGUGUGCUUGAUAACCUUGUUUCAGAGGAACAAGUGGCUUUAAUAAAGGGAAGAAACAUUCAUGAAAAUAUUAGUGUGGCGUCGGAGAUGGUAAAUGAGCUUAAAACUAAGCGUAAGGAUGGCAAUGUGGGUCUUAAACUUGAUAUCACCCAAGAUUUUGACACGAUUCUUAGCUCGGCUCAUAUAUCUAUUCUUCUUAAUAGUAUUCCAGAGGGUUUCUUCAAGAUUAAUAGAGGGUUAAGGCAAGGAGAUCCUUUAUCCCCUCUUAUUUUUGUUUUGAUUGAAGAUGUUCUUAGUAGAAAUAUUUCAAAAUUAUUUCUUGAAAAUAAGAUGACGCCAAUGCUUUCCAAAAAGAAAAAAUGCAACAUGAAGAGUUUGCACAAUCUUCUUGCUUUACUUGGAAAAUAUCAAACAGCUUCGGGUCAAACUGUUUGCCGUCAAAAGAGUAAGGUUUAUUAUGGUGGUGGUUCUUUGAAUCGCUGCACUACUAUCACUAAUUUACUUAGUAUGGAAGUUUCUACUUUCCCGGACAGAAUUGUUCUUAUUAAUUCAGUGAUUGCUAGUUAUUCUAUUCACAAUAUGGUUGUGUAUAAAUGGCCUUUGAAGUUUAUUAAACAAGCUGAGCGUGUGAUUCGCAAUUUUCUUUGGUCUGGGGAUGCUGAGGUCUCAAGGAAGUUUGUUGUUGGUUUCAAGGCGCUUCUCAUGAAAUUAUGGUGGAACAUUCGGUCGUCUAAUAAGAAAUGGGCUCGUUUCUUAUGGGCGAAGUACACUUCUCGGUUAGGGAGACUUAAACAAUAUGGGGUGAAGUCUUCGAUUCUUCCAGACAUUCGUAUAAUUCACUCCACUGUGGACAAAAAUACCAAAGUGCUUCUUGGUGAUGGGAGGUCUACCUAUCUUUAUUUUGAUGUUUGGAAUGGUAAUGAAAGUAUUGCAGACAUGCUUGGUGAAAAUGACCUUGAUGGUUCCAUCAUGGUUAGUGAUAUUAUUGUUAACAAUAACUGGCAGUUGCAGGGCGCUCAUGUUCAACAGUUUGUGCGAGCUGGUGUGGACUUAACAAAUUUGCCGGUGCUGCAAGGAGGGGAGGAUUGUAGAGUCUGGAUGCCAGAGAUGAACGGAACAUUCUCAAACUCAUCUGCAAAAUAG